CUCAAGUCACGCAAUUUGAUUUGCUCGGAAUAGACGAGAUGGCGAAGAGACCUCCGACCACCGUGACACGUGAAACCGGCCGGCGACACAGGUAUCACCAAAUCCCCAUCGGAUCUCCUCGAUUCCAGUCGUCAAAGAGUAUCGAGACGACUGGACGACCUACUCCCAGUCGUUCGAACGGCAACAAGAAAACCAAGAAACCUAGCAAUGCAACGCCGUCUUCUGAGGAUAAACUAACUUCGCCUCCCGUCCCGGCACCCCGCUUCCUUCGAAGGUCUUCUAGAUUGGCUUCAGGAGAGGCGAAGAAGAGCGAGAGUGAUCCCGGCUCAAGUGGAGGAUUCACGAAAGAAAUUGCUCCUGAUGGGAGGAAGAUUAGGGGUUGGAGAUCGGUCGAGGCGCCUCAGAAUCUGAGGAGGUCCUCGAGGUUGGCAUCCAUUACGGUCAGGCACGUGAACGCGGGCGGAGUUCUUGGCUUGGUAGAGACGCCUCCGAAGGUGAGGAGGUCAUUGAGGUUGCAAUCCAUUGCGGUUAGGCAUGUGAACGCGGAUGGAGUUCUUGGUUCGCUAGAGACGCCUCAGAAGCUGAGGAGGUCCUCGAGGUUGGCAUCCAGUGCGGUUACGCAUGUGAACACGGGCGGAUUUCUUGGUUUGGUGGGUGAAGGGAAGGCGGAGGAUGUUGCGGAGAGGAAAGGAAGGCGGGACAAGAGAAGGAAAGUUGAACUCUUGGUCGAGGAGAGGAAAGAGGUUGCAGGAGGAGAUGGCCAGGUCUAUCAUGAUCGUGCUUCGAAGGAUUGGACGGAAGAGCAAGAGAGAGCAUUGCAGAGGGCUUACUUGUUGGCGAGGCCUACACCGCAUUUCUGGAAGAAGGUCUCCAAAAUGGUACCAGAAAAGUCUGCACAAGAAUGCUUUGACAGAAUCCAUGCCAAUUUUGCAACUCCGCCUCAACACCAGCCUCGUUCAAGAGCCAAGAAAGCUGAUUUAUCUCCAAUAGUCCAUUUUACAUUCGGAGACAAACCUCUAGAUGACACAAAGUUGAAAUUCAAAAAGGCAAGGAGAAGUAAACGAAGGACUCUUGCCGCCCAAAAGACAGUUAGGCAUUUGCUGAGAAAGCAUCAAUUGGCAGAUCAAACCACAGGUGGUGACUAUUUCUCACAUCUUGAAAACUCUCCAAAUGCAUCUGCCAUUAUAAUGCCUGCAAAUGGAGAUCCUGGAACUCCAGAUUCUUUGUUUACUACAGGUUUUCUGAUGAAGUGCAGUGAGAGGUCUUCCUCAGCUCAUAAGAGGCCUUUGUCCAGGUUCAAAACAAAUGAUGUAGAUCCAAGUCCAGAGGUUCUGAAGCGGAUUAAGAAUGUUGCUUUGCAUGAGAGAUAUAUUGAUCAUCUGCAUUGUAUAGAAGCAAGAAGAAGGAGAACAUACCAUGGUAAAGAAAACCAUGUCGUUAGUUGCAUUAAUAUGAAUGAUACCAGGCCACAAUCUGGAGUUAUAAAAGCUGCGAUGGCUACUUUAAUGACUGAAGCCCAAGCAGUUAUCGGCCAUUUUCAGGACAGGCAGGUGAAUGCAUUGGAUUAUGAUGAUGAUAGUACUUCUGCAGGGAACUGUAGUUUUGAUUUGGAUGACGACACAUGACCAAAUCUUCUUUCACAUUACAAGUUCGGCUGUGAAGAUGAAUUCAUCACUAUUCAACGCUCAACAUCUGGUUGAAGUACAAAUCCUUGGAAAAACAAAAAACUUCUGGGUUUCAGUUCCUAUAGCUUGAAAAUGUGUUUUGUUUUUGCUGGUAGAAGACUAAUGAAUUUGGAUCACCUCUUUUGUCUUUUAGAAAUGGAUUAGAAGGAUUAAGACUUUGAAGUGAAAUAUAGACGUUCUUUCU